AUGGCAGGUUUUCGAUCCACAAAAUUUGAUCCAAUAUUAAUUUUGUUUCAAAUUAUUGCUUUGCAAUCUGUAUUUUAUGCGUCUCAAAGUUUAUUUACAGCAUUGUAUUCUUAUUUUCCAAAUGCCUACCCAGAAACUAUUGAUUCAAUAUUUUCUAUUCAAAUAAGAAAAGAUAUUGUUGUUAUUCAGUUAUUGGGAAUACUAGUUACAUCUUGUUCAACUUUAUUUUUGAUUGUUAGAACAAAGUCGAUACUUGAUAGUUUAAUAACAUUACAUUUUAUACAUUUUAUAAUUGUUAUACUUUUCAAUUCAUCCUUUCCUACACAAUUUUCAUGGUGGGCAUUGCAGAUAUGUUCAGCAGCCAUUGGAACAUUAACGGGUGAAUGGCUUUGUAUGAAAGAGGAAACAAAAGAAAUUAAAUUAAGACUUCCUUUAGCUAGUAAAAAAGAAUCCAGUGAGGCUUAA